GUUGCCAGAUAUACUCGAGGUGCUUUUGCAUAACAUAUAUAAAGGGUUUCAUUCGGCCAUCUUCCACCAGAUAAUCUACCACACAUACUCGACAACAUGCCUGCUCGCACUCACUAUGGCGGAUGGUUGCCCCGUGAUCAUGAAUUCCUCAAGGAUUGGAUUCACAAAAGGAUUGAAAAGUUAGGGCGAGCCCGUUCUGAUGGCGACCUCCUCCCUGUUAUCAAAGAAUUCAAAAAUUUGAUAGAGACGGAUUAUCAAAUCUUCAUAUAUUUCCAACAAGGGUUUGAGCAAUUAGUGCGCGAGAACAACGAUGCACAAGACCGAAAUUAUGUAAACAACUACACAACCAUGCUGCAUUUGAUGAACGAUACCAUUCAGCAAGCGCCCGCAUUUGUACAAAGUGGAGAAGGGAAUGUGAUCGGUGUUCCUUUGUAUGCUAUCCUCGACUCAAUUAUGAACACUACCGGUGGAUUUGCCGCGUUCGUCAACCCCAAAGUCAAUCUGCAACUCUACAAUGUGCUCACAUAUUGGUCGAACUACCUUGUAACGCCUGACUCGCGCCAUGUACUCACAGAUGCAGACGAAGGCUGGUUCGGUCUUAAAGCGACAAGUAUGAUGCCAAACUUCGCCGAGACCUACGUUUGUCAACCGGAUAAGCCAUACCACGGAUUCACCUCAUGGGAUGAGUUCUUCACUAGACUCUUCCGGCCUGGCAAGCGCCCCGUCUUCCCGGAUGAAGAUAAUUUUAUCAACAAUGCUUGCGAGUCCACCGUCUUUCGCAAGGCCUCCGAUGUAAAAGAAAACGACACAUUUUGGCUCAAGGGGCAGCCGUACUCUCUCGUCGACAUGCUUAACAAUGACUCCUUUGCUCCCCAAUUCGCUGGCGGGACUGUCUACCAGGCUUUCCUCAGCCCUCUCGAUUACCAUCGUUGGCACAGCCCUGUAAACGGCACUAUCGAGAAGACUGUUCUGCUCCCAGGCACCUAUUAUUCUGCAGUCCCAGACAAUGAGGGUGAUGGUGCCAUCAUUCGAUCCCAGCCAUACAUCACGGCAGUCGCCGCUCGCGCAUUGAUCUUCAUCAGAUCAUCCAAUCCUAGCAUCGGCUUGAUGUGCUUUGUGGGUGUAGGGAUGGUGGAGGUUUCGAGCUGUGAAAUCAUUGUAAAUCCAGGAGAUAAGGUCUCGAAGGGUCAGCAAAUUGGGAUGUUCCAUUUCGGCGGGUCUACGCACUGUCUCAUCUUCCGCCCCGAAACAAAACUCGUGUUCACUGAAGAGGCUGGUGACGAUAAACAUGUCGAAGUCAAUUUGGGCAUUGCACAUGUAACUAAUUGAGGCUGCAAAGGAGUAAGUAUGUAGUAUGCUUUCCGAGUCUACUGUCGAAAUGUUGCAGUUGUAUUAGUACAGGUUUUUUGAACACUUGUCUACAUGUUUUUGGACUCUGUAAA